UCUGUUUGGACGUGGCGCUCGCCGUAGCUGUCAUCAGUGCGGACUUAGCAGCAGCUCGGGCCGGAUGAAGAUGUUUGUGUUGUUGUUGUUGUUGUGUUAGUGUUUGUGUCAGGACAGCUGUUUAAAGAAGAAGAAGAAGAUGUCUGUGAGCGGCGCGGGAAACAGAGGCUUCUACUUCAACACCGUGCUGAGUUUGGCGCGCUCUCUGGCUGCUCACCAGCACGCGCCGUUAGAAAAGGUCCAGAAGCUACAAUGCAUGUGUCCCGUGGACUUCAGAGGAGUCUUCCAGCUGGACGAGCGGAGGAGAGACGCCGUCAUCGCACUGGGCAUCUUUCUGGUCGAGUCAAACCUGCAGCACAAAGAUGCCAUCGUCCCGUAUCUCCUCGGGCUGCUCAAAGGGCUUCCUAAAGUUCAGUGGAUCGAAGAAAGCUCCGAACGCAAAGGACGAGAGAUUCUUCCUGUUGCCGAGAACUUCAGCUUUUCUCUCGUAACGCUACUCUCAGACGUCGCCCAACACGAUGAGACCUUACGUGGACAGAUCCUCGAGGCGCUCAUGGACAUCAUGCAAGUCCUGCAAGAUAUCUGCAAGAAUCCAGAAGCUUAUGACAAAGAGUACCUGUGUCGGUACACCGUGCCCACCCUGCUCGGUGUCGCCCGAGCCUUCGGCCGAUACAGCAACACCGACGAGCCUCUGCUGUCCAAGCUGUUCCCUCGACCGGUCGCUCCUGUGCUGCCCACCCCCGAAGAAACCGACGCGGUGCACCGGCGCUCCUUCAACGACUUCCGCUCCAUCAUGCCGAGCUCUCUGCUCACGGUGUGUCAGGGAGACACUCUGAAACGCAAAGCCUCGUCUCUGUCCAGCGUUUCACAGCAGGCCAGUCCGGAGAGAGCCUGUCUGACCCCGAGCUCGCCUGCUGAUCCCUCUGCGCAGUACUUUGAAGGUUCAUACCUGCCCGAUGGCAGCGCAGUGGACCCUGAUUAUUACUUCUCCACCAUCAGCUCCAGCUUCUCCGUCUCCCCUCUUUUCACCGGAUGCAGCUCCGGAGAGUUUCACGUCCCUCUGGAUAUCCUCCGACAGCUCCUCCACAUGGUUGAACAGUUUGUCUCUGAGUCAUUUUUAAAAACGCUGGACGACACGUUGGCAGAACUUUUAGAGUUGAGUCCUGGUCUUCAUCUCUACUACAAAACCUUCAGUGAUCCUCUGUAUGUAGCUAUAUUUAAAAUGCUGAGAGACACCCUGUACAAUUUAAAAGACCUUCAGACGGACUACGUGAAGGAGAUCCACGACUUCGUGCUGGAGCAGUUCAGCAGCAGCCAGUCGGAGCUGCAGAGGAUCCUCCACGACGUCGAGUACCUCCAGAGCGAGCUGAGCCCGCUCAAGCUGCGCUGUCAGGCCAACGCCGCCUGCGUGGACCUCAUGGUGUGGGCUGUGACUGAAGAGCAGGGAGCUGAGAACCUUUGCACCAAACUGUCCGAGAAGCUGCAGUCCAAGACGUCGAGUAAAGUCAUCAUCGCUCACAUGCCCCUCCUCAUUUGCUGUUUACAGGGUUUGGGUCGCCUGUGCGAGCGUUUCCCCGUGGUGGCGCACUCUGUCACGAUGUCCCUGAGAGACUUCUUGGUGGUUCCCUCUCCUGUUCUGGUGAAGCUCUACAAAUAUCACAGCCAGUACACUCCAGGCGGCGAGAUAAAGAUCCACGUGACCAACGAACAUUCCCAGUCGACGCUCAGCACGCAUUCGAGCAGGAAGAGCCAGCCGUCCAUGUACGAGCAGCUGCGGGACAUCUCCAUAGAUAACAUCUGCAGGUGCCUGAAAGCCGGACUCACGAUGGAUAACGUGAUCGUAGAAGCUUUCCUCGCCAGUCUGUCUAACCGUCUCUACAUCUAUCAGGAAAACGAUAAGGACGCUCACUUGAUCCCGGACCACACCAUCAGGGCUUUGGGUCACAUUGCCGUGGCCUUACGGGACACUCCCAGAGUGAUGGAGCCCAUCCUCCAGAUCCUACAGCAGAAGUUCUGUCAGCCGCCCUCCCAGCUCGACGUCCUCAUCAUAGACCAGCUUGGCUGCAUGGUCAUCACAGGCAAUCAAUACAUCUACCAGGAAGUGUGGAACUUGUUCCAGCAGAUCAGCGUCAAAGCCAGCUCCAUGGUGUACUCCACCAAAGACUACAAGGACCACGGAUACAGACACUGUUCCUUGGCUGUGAUAAACGCUCUGGGGAACAUAGCAGCCAACCUUCAGGCUGAGCAGAUGGUCGACGAGCUGUUGGUCAACCUGCUGGAGCUUUUCGUUCAGCUGGGCUUGGAGGGGAAGAGAGCCAGCGAGAGAGCCUCAGACAAAGGACCGACUCUGAAGGCAUCGAGCAGUGCUGGAAACCUCGGUGUCCUCAUCCCAGUUAUUGCAGUGCUGACUAAGAGGUUGCCGCCAAUUAAAGAAGCAAAGCCACGUCUGCAGAAGCUCUUCCGGGACUUUUGGCUCUACUCUGUAGUCAUGGGAUUUGCUGUCGAAGGCUCAGGUCUGUGGCCAGAAGAGUGGUACGAGGGAGUUUGCGAGAUCGCGACCAAAUCGCCGCUGCUGACGUUUCCCAGCGGGGAACCGUUACGCUCAGAGCUGCAGUACAACUCUGCGCUGAAGAAUGACACCGUCACUCCGGCGGAGCUGAACGACCUGCGCAGCACCAUCAUCAACCUGCUGGAUCCUCCUCCCGAGGUGGCCGCUCUCAUCAACAAGCUGGACUUCGCCAUGUCCACAUAUUUGCUGUCCGUUUACAGAUUGGAAUACAUGAGGAUGCUGCGCGCUCUGGACUCCGACCGCUUUCAAGUCAUGUUUCGAUACUUUGAAGACAGAGCGAUACAGAAGGAUAAAUCUGGCAUGAUGCAGUGUGUGAUUGCUGUCAGCGACAAAGUUUUCGAGGUCUUCCUGCAAAUGAUGGCGGAAAAACCUAAAACCAAAGCCCACGAGGAGGAGCUGGAACGCCACGCUCAGUUCCUCUUGGUCAACUUCAACCACAUCCACAAGAGGAUCCGCAGAGUGGCUGACAAAUAUUUGUCGGGCCUGGCUGAAACUUUCCCACACUUGUUGUGGAGUGGCCGCGUGCUGAGGACCAUGUUGGACAUCCUGCAGACACUCUCCCUCUCGCUCAGCGCAGACAUUCAUAAAGACCAACCUUAUUACGACAUUCCAGACACGCCGUACAGAAUCACUGUCCCUGACACGUAUGAAGCCAGAGAGAGCAUAGUGAAGGACUUCGCUGCACGCUGUGGGGAGAUCCUCAAAGAGGCCAUGAAGUGGGCGCCAUCUGUGACUAAAUCUCACCUCCAGGAGUACCUGAACAAACAUCAGAACUGGGUGUCCGGUCUCUCCCAGCACACGGGCCUGGCCAUGGCUACAGAAAGCAUCCUGCAUUUUGCUGGUUACAACAGACAGAGCACCACACUGGGGUCCACUCAGCUGACCGAGAGGCCGACCUGUGUGAAGAAGGACUACUCGAACUUCAUGGCCUCCCUCAACCUCAGGAACAGAUACGCCGGAGAGGUUUCGGGUAUGAUCCACUUCGCGCAGGCAGUUCGUGGACAGUCGGAUCUGGGCCGGCUGAUGAUCAAACAGAUGGGAGAGGCUUUAGACUCCGCGCAGCCUGAGGCCUUCACCGAGGCCAUGUUCAAACUGGCCGCCUUGCUCAUCAGCUCCAGAGACUGCGACCCUCAGCUCUUGCACCACCUCUGCUGGUCUCCGCUCAAGAUGUUCACGGCGCACGGCAUGGAGACCGCCAUCGCCUGCUGGGAGUGGCUGCUGGCAGCUCGAGUCGGAGUGGAAGUACCGUUCAUGCGAGAGAUGGCGGGAGCGUGGCAGAUGACGGUGGAGCUUAAGAUGGGCUUGUUCUCAGACGCUCAGGUGGAGGCCGAUCCUCUGGCUGCAUCAGAGGAGAGUCAGCCCAUCCCGUGCCCUCCGGAUGUCAUCCCUCACCAAAUAUGGAUCGAGUUUCUUGUCCAGAGAUUCGAGAUCGCCAAGUAUUCCAGCGCAGAUCAGGUGGAGAUCUUUGGCAGCUUGCUACAACGCUCGCUGUCCCUCAACGUGGGCGGUGCUAAGAGUGGCCUCAACCGCCAUGUGGCUGCCAUCGGUCCUCGCUUCAGGCUGCUGACUCUGGGUCUGGCUCUGCUCCACUCGGACGUCCUCACCAAUGCAACUGUAAGAAACGUGCUGCGAGAGAAGAUUUAUUCCACGGCCUUCGAUUACUUCAGCGUGGCUCCGAAGUUCCCCACCCAGGGCGACAAGCACCUCCGCGAGGACAUCAGCAUCAUGAUCCGUUUCUACGCCAGCAUCCUGUCCGACAAGAAGUACCUGGCAGCGUGCCACUUGGUCCCACCUGGUGAGCUUGGUACUACCCCAGCCCCGAGCACGCUCUCUGCCGGGAUAUUCGGAUCGCUUAUCGUGUCCAGCACUUCUCCGAUAUCUAUCUUAAACAAUCAGGACCCGUCUUUGAACAGUCUGUCGGUGAUGAACGCCGCCGACCUCAGGAGCAACAUCGACUCCAGCUCACGCUCCCAGCAGAGCGGCCAGGGAUGGAUCAACACGUACCCGCUGUCCAGCGGCAUGUCCACCGCGUCCAAGAAAUCAGGCACGUCAAAGAAGAGUAACCGAGGGACGCAGCUUCACAAAUACUACAUGAAGCGCAGGACUCUGCUGCUGGCCUUACUGGCCAGCGAGAUCGAACGCUUGACGACGUGGUACAACCCGCUCUCCACUCAGGAACUGGCCAUCGCCACAGAGCAGUCGGUGGAAACCAGCAUCGCCAACUGGAGGUCCAAAUACAUCAGUCUGACGGAGAAACAGUGGAAGGACAAUGUCAACCUGGCGUGGGGCAUCGCUCCUUACCUGGCUAUGCAGCUACCAACGAGGUUUAAGAACGACGCCAUCGUUGCAGAAGUUACCCGGCUGGUGAGACUCGACCCCGGCGCUGUCAGUGACGUACCCGAGGCCGUCAAGUUUCUGGUGACGUGGCACACCAUCGAUGCCGACUCUCCUGAGCUGAGCCACAUCCUGUGCUGGGCUCCGGCAGAUCCGCCCACCGGCCUGUCCUACUUCAGCAGCAUGUAUCCUCCUCAUCCUCUCACCGCUCAGUACGGCGUGAAGGUGCUGCGCUCCUUUCCUCCGGACGCCAUCCUGUUCUACAUCCCUCAGAUUGUUCAGGCUCUCCGUUACGACAAGAUGGGUUAUGUGAGGGAGUACAUCCUGUGGGCGGCCCAGAAGUCUCAGCUUCUCGCCCACCAGUUCAUCUGGAACAUGAAGACCAACAUCUUCGUGGACGAGGAGGCGCACCAGAGAGAUCCCGACAUCGGGGACCUGCUGGAGCAGAUGGUCGAGGAGAUCACGGGUUCUCUGUCGGGUCCGGCCAAAGACUUCUACCAGAGAGAGUUCGACUUCUUCAAUAAGAUCACCAACGUGUCCGCCAUCAUCAAGCCCGUUCCAAAAGGAGACGAGAGGAAGAGAGCGUGUCUGAAGGCUCUGUCGGAUAUCAAAGUCCAGCCAGGCUGUUACCUGCCGAGUAACCCUGAAGCCAUCGUGCUGGACAUCGACUACAAGUCUGGGACGCCCAUGCAGAGUGCCGCCAAAGCACCGUAUCUGGCCAAGUUCAAGGUGAAGCGCUGCGGGGUGAGCGAGCUGGAGCGCGAAGGUCUCCGCUGCCCGUCCGACUCUCUGGAGGACGGAGAGGAGAAUCCAGACGGGUCGCGCAGGGUUUGCUGGCAGGCGGCAAUCUUUAAAGUGGGAGACGACUGUAGACAGGAUAUGCUCGCUCUGCAGAUCAUCGGGCUGUUCAAGAAUAUCUUCCAGCUGGUCGGUCUGGAUCUGUUCGUCUUCCCUUACAGAGUGGUGGCCACCGCACCAGGGUGUGGCGUGAUCGAGUGCAUCCCAGACUGCAAAUCCAGAGACCAGCUCGGCAGACAGACGGACUUCGGGAUGUACGAUUACUUCCGUAAUCAGUACGGCGACGAAUCCACGCUCGCCUUCCAGAAGGCUCGGUAUAACUUCAUCCGCAGCAUGGCCGCCUACAGCCUCCUGCUGUUCCUGCUGCAGAUCAAAGACAGACACAACGGCAACAUCAUGCUGGACAGCCAAGGUCACCUCAUCCACAUAGACUUUGGCUUCAUGUUCGAGAGCUCUCCCGGCGGUAACUUGGGCUGGGAGCCCGACAUCAAGCUGACGGAUGAGAUGGUGAUGAUCAUGGGCGGCAAGAUGGAGGCCACGCCGUUCAAGUGGUUCAUGGAGAUGUGCGUCAGAGGAUAUCUGGCUGUACGGCCUUACAUGGAUGCUGUGGUGUCUCUGGUGACGCUCAUGCUGGACACUGGACUGCCGUGCUUCAGAGGACAAACCAUCAAACUCCUCAAAGGACGGUUUAAUCCUCAAAUGAGUGAGAAAGAAGCGGCGGCGUUCAUCAUCAAAGUCAUCCAGAGCUGUUUCCUCAGCAGCAGGAGCAAAACGUACGACAUGCUGCAGUAUUACCAGAACCAAAUUCCUUACUAAAGAUCUCCUGCCGGACCUCCACUGUACCUGAACAUCCACUUCUGGAUGAUUUUAAGAAGACGGCGGCUCGAUUUGAGAGAGACAAGAAGAAGAAGAUGGCACUUUGAUCGUAAUGCUCCGAUUUUAUUCAGCAUACUGUACGUCAUCUGAUUUUAUAAAUGUGCGUCUGAGUUUUAAAGUAGUUUAACUUUAAAGAACCAAAAGAGGUAUUUGAAUCACCCUUUAAGUAUUUUUCUUCUCGAUGCUGUUUUUGUUAAACACCAACUAAACUGUCACACUUGGAGGACGACGAUAACGGGACUGUCAACCCAUAACGGGAGCCGUAUUUUACACUGUUCGUCGAAGCAGCCGUUCUCAUCGUCGUCGUCGUUUUGUUUCUAUGCUGUUCACCACUUUAAUGCACUUUAUAGAUCACAGUAUUUCACCGGCUGCAGCUGCCUACGAUCAAGACUUUAAACGGAGAUCAUACGUGAGAUUAAAACAAUCAGCCGAUCAGUAAAAUAUAAAAAAAAAAAACAAUCAAUCAGCAUUAAGCGGUAGUCUUUUAGAAACAUUACGGUAUUUAGAGGAUAAUUAUGCUGUAAUAUUUACUGUAGAGUCACAGCUGUUUCUCUGUGACGUAUGCGUAACCUGUAGAGUUCUACGUGAAGAACAUAUUUAUCAGAACAUUUUAAACACUUUUAACUCUGCUGCUUUGAUGCUUAUCGUCAAAGGCGGUCAUGUUGCACAUCUUCAUGUCUUCAAGCUUUUUAGCUUCAGUUCGUUUUGUUUUUUGUUUUUUUUCCACUACAGGAACUCCACGACAAAAAAAACAAACGUUUAACAACCUUCAGUUUGCUGCUCGGUUACGACUGUUUGUUUCCACUGGAUAGUUUUUGGGUACGCGUCAUUUAAAAAAGGCAACAACGUGUUUUUACGUCAGUCGUUUAUCACCUUUAUAAUUAAUAAAGUAAAUUUUGUUUUAAAAAGUUUUGUUCUGAAUCUAUUUACUACAAAGUUCUUCUAAAAAUCCAAAUUAUUUGGUCUCUUUACUGAUAAAAACCUGUUUUUUAACGAUUGUUGGAUGGAUGCUGGAGUUAGUUAUAUAUCAAUGUUUUCAUAUUUGUUUCCAGUGUUUGUGAUAUUUUGUGUUUUACAAACAGAGGAAACUUUCCCUUUUCCUUUUUAAAAAACUGUCUAAACGACACUGGGUGUUUAUUUCUGACUUCAAUGUAACAAAAGAACAGAACUAAUCCAGUAGAACGCCCAUAAAACUUAAUAAAACCUAAAUCCUGAUCUGUUUUGAGUAUUAAAGUAUUUGAGUAUUACAUUUAUUUUCUUAAAUGUGGUUAAACCCGUAGUGUGCUCCCCAACGCUGCAAACAACCAACAGUUUUACACGGACAAAUGACAGUUUGUUGUCAGUACAGACGAGUAGCAGCUACACAAGUCUGUGAACUUUGUUUCAUUCGAGGCGAUUUAUCAAGCCGCUCUCUGAAACAACAACUCUUUGCACGUAAACAGACUUUGAUAUAAAAUCGAGGGCGUUCCCCUUUUUUAAUAAUCUCCCCGUCGCAGACACGUUGUUGCCGUCUUUCCGCCUGAGAGUACCUAAAACUUUCCUGAGCAGUACGGCAGGGUAUUAUUAAACAAGUACCAAUACGAGUACCUUUUUAGAGUGAUACAGAUUAAAGUACUUCAGUCAAUACUUAUUAAUACCAUCAUGUGCACGGCGUUCAACUUGACCACGGACUGUCAUAGCUGUGGUCAAAGAACGGUUGUGUUGCGAUCAAAGCCAAGCAAACUUCAACUUUUUCUAGAUGUGGGUACCAAAAUGAUGGAACGCUUGGGUUACUUGGUUCUGGGUUGUUUCCUGGUACCGAGCAGCUCCAGGUUGGAGAACAGUGCAAAUGAAUAAAUAAAAUAAAAAGCUGUUCUGGUUCCUGUAGUGGGAAAAGUCCGAUAAUAAAGAGCUGUCAGGAAAGUCUGGUCAGCUCUACGUCACAGCAUGUUUGUCUCAAAUAUUUUGUUUGUCCUGUCUCAAUAAAACGUGUCCGAUUACAGGUUGUUCUACAUGUUUGCAUACCCUUUGUAGCACCUGUGACCCUGUUUGGAAACAUUCCCGUGUGAGUCGUAGCGAUCCUGUCGGGUUCAGGUCGUGUCGGAUGAUCUUACUGUUACUGAUGCAGACGAUGAAUAAACCUAAAAAGCCAUUUCUCCUACCCUCGGUAGAAACACAACUGUAGUAAUACUUGACAGAAAAAAAGACUUAUGCAAUAUAUUCAUGGAUGUCGAUACAGUACUUGUGUGUUGUGUUCAAUGAAAUGCUAUAAUUCCUUCAGUCCUUGUGAGGAGUGUUUUAUGUCGCAGCUGCUGUCUUUGCAUCACAGAGGGAUGAACUUUGAGUAUUUACAGAGCCUUUUUUUAAUGUAGUGGAUUAAAUGUCAGUUAUCCCUUAACGUCCACCGUUAUCUGUGAACCACAAGUGUUUAUCAGUGUGUUAUACUGUGUGUGUGUGAGUGUGUGUAUCAUUGCCGGUUCAGAUUAAGGUCUCAUCUGUUUUAUUCUGAUAAUGUGUAAAAAACUUCUUAUUUCCAGAUUAAAUGUGUGUACAUU